AUGCAGAGAUGUGUUGCGAAGUCCAAUGGGGAGAUGGCCUACCAACUUUUGUUUCAGCAGGAGCAACUGGUCAGCUACAGUGGCUACAACAUGUUCUUUCGGUUUGUGCCCUAUGCCAUGUUUCGUUGUCGCGCAGUGGCCUUGGACGCAGCCGCCGCCAGCGCGCCUCAUUUGAAAGUUCUGCCCCUGGAGCCUGUGGAGGCUGAAGAGAUUGACGCAAUCCCUGUGCAAGAGGUUGCUGAGGUAUUCGACGAGGAAGAUUUGACGGAAAGUGGGAUCCCGACAGGUGGCACGAGGGUUGUGUCGCACAAUCAGAAGGAUGAUUACUUGCAUCGUGGUGCUUCAGCCGUUAUGACGUCUAUGUCUUUGGUUAUGUAUUCUCGUUAUGUGCGACGAGUUCCUCGUAGCCAAGCUGGUCGCGUUGAUUACGUCAAAUUUUUUCCCUUUGAUGAACACUAUGCACAUUUCCAAUUGUCAGUGCAGGAGUUGCGAACAGCAGACGACAAUGUUGUGGUGCCUGUGGAUUUGCGCCUUCCGGGGCAGAAUGAACCUGAGAAAUACGCUGCGUUUAUGCUGGGUUUGUCGUUGCCCUUUCCACGUUGCCCGGGUGCACAGCAUUGUGGAGAAGCUUGGCAAUGUUUUCAUUGUCAUGAGAUUGAAAAGUUGGAAGGGAAAGGUUUCCUGCGAGCCUGUUUCUCCAAGACCUGGAAACAUUGGAAAGCUUGCAUGCAGGUGCGCAAGGUGAAUGCGCAGGAACGACUCUUGGCUGGCUUGAGUUUACCUUUUCUGCGUGACUUGGUGGGCUUACGCGAGUGGUGCGAUGUGUCUUGUCUCGACGAGAUGCUUCUGGAUGGAGCAGACCCUGAGAUCUCCGAAGAGAUGCCUGCGCAGGAGCCCGCAGGAGAAGAUGCAGAGGACCAGGGAAUUCUGUUUCCGAGCGCCUCCACACCUUCGCCUCUGUCGAGUACCUAUCAUUUGAUGUGGUGUCUCGGGAAGGUUUUCAAGGGCAAGCAUGGUCGCUACGUGGACCUACCUCGGAUACACGAAAGGAUUUGUUGGUCUUUGGGAAUCCCUUGUGGUUUUCACUACACACAUUUGACUCCGCUGGAGCACAUGUCUCAUGUGCAGCUGCAGUGGUUGGAGAGAUUCCGCCUGCACCACGAAGCACGACAGCUCAGCAGCAGCCAGAGGAGAGCCGAGCGCUUUGCUUACAUGACCAAGGAAGAGGAGGGCGAAGACGUGGAGGAGUACUGGAUACAGCACAUGCUUUUUUAG